AUGUCAUCACCUCUCUUCCUAUUUUCUAGAUUCCAAAGAUUAAAGAACACAAGUUGUUUGUUAGGUCAAAACAGCAUAUCCUGUUUUUUUGGUACUACACAAGUUCAAAUUGCAUCAGAUGUUGGACAAGCAAAUGUUGAGGUGACAGAGGAGCAGUUAUUACUGAUGCAUAGAGCCAUCACCUAUAGAAACUAUACCCAUCUAUACAUGAGAUUCUUCGGUUGUAAAAGCAGAUUAAGGAGAAGCUGAAAGAAGUUGAUCAAAAUGAUGUCUAAUGCUUUUCUUGGUCUGCAUUUUAGCCGUUUACUCAACAAAGAGGAUGUGGAUGAGUUAAAGGUUUACUCAACAAAGACGUAUUCUAAAUCAACAUGUUGUUUUUCUUUCCUACCUUUUCUAUUUGGUUCAUGGAUUACAUAGAAAUUUGAAGGAAUUGGAAUGGGAGAUCCCUUCAGUUACAAAUUUGAUUGACAAAAUGGAUGGGAAAUGGAUUCCAUCAAAUUCCCCCAAAAUCUGUAUUCAAAGGAUUUGAUCAUUCCUAGGGAAGAUUUGAAAUCCCAUUAUUUAUUUCUUCAUUAAAAAGACUAAAUUUGUCCUUAGAGCCAAAUAUUAUUAUUUUCUCAAUCUUGAACCUUCUUUAUAUUCUCACCCCUAAUUUAUCCUAAUUUACAACUCCAUAAUUGUAGAUAUUUAUAAGUAAUUAUCGUAUUAUUAUCUAUUUAUUUUUCUUCAUGAGUCAUUUUUAAUGUCAUGUUACUUUUUUUUUAAAUGUUUAUGAAAUCAGAGUAUGCAUGUUUGAUGUUUAUAUAAUUAAUGUUUUUUAAUUGUUUCAUAAAUAAAAUCUUUUUUCAGUAAAUAGCAAUCUUAUCAAUUUAUAUACAGGAAUCACUAAAGGGUGUUUUGGUCAUUUAGCAUAAUUUUCAUUUUUAAUUCUUUUGAUAGAUUUGCAAUCUAAAUAAAUAUUAUUUGCAAUCCAUUUUGUCAUUUUAAUUCCUUUGGUCAUUUAGCAUAAUUUUCAUUUUUAUUUACAUGGUGUUGUAUUCUUUUCAGACCAUGAAGCCUUUGAUCAUCAUGUUACAUAUUCCAAUUCCUUUGACAAAUUCCAUUCAUUUUAAAAAUCUUCUGUGCACCACAAGUUCCCUUUUACUUACGGUGGAGAAUAGGAAAAUAGGAUGCCCCGAGAAUCAAGGUACACUUUUAGCUCCAUUGAAUCUCAAAUAAGGGUGUUGUGUUGGGUUAUAAUGGAAUUGGUUUAUCAAAUUACCACCUUCUAUCCACUGAUUGCAAGCUGAAAAAGCAUGGAAACGAUAUGCAGGAAAGUACAUGUAAUUAUAGCUAUAAGUGUAUGACCCUGUUUGUGUAUUUCCAGAAAUACCCCCCUAUUUCUAAAACCUGUGUCUAUUCAUUAUCUUGAUGGGAUUAACAUACUUCAUGUUGAAUCAAUCAAAAAAAGAUGUUGAAUAUAUGGAAAACUUAUUAUUCAGACUUAAACAUCUCCAACAACACGAGUCAAUCUUUCAUGAUUUCUGCCAUUUUGAUUACUGAUUUGAUGGUGCUAAUAACUUAAAGGACAUGCUGUCCAAUAUUAUUCAUCAUGAAAGAUGAAUCAUAAGCUUUCUGGUGUUCUGUUUCUUUAAUGGAAAGAUUAGGUCCAAAUUUCAACCGUGAUCAAAAUGGCAUGCACUAUUAAAGCUGGUGGAACUACUCAACAUCCCAUUCAUUACACAACAGGUUCAAACAAAGCGACUGCUUGAAUUACUUCUUCUGAUUCCGCUGGAUUCUGAUCCAAUUCAAAAGGGAAUUCGAAUACGAUAUAACAAUAAGGUUAUGGACACACUAUCUAAGUGAACACCUUCAUCUAUACGGAGCCAAGUUUCUGUCACGAAUUCAGCACUGCUAUGGGAAACAACAGCUUGCUUCUUGCUCCCCCAAGUAACAAGAUUCCCCCAAACAUAGGAGCAAUAUCCUGUGACUAAUCUAAAUAUUUCUCAAUUGGAUGAUUAGUACACCCACGGACUCCUUUCCUGUGAGCUAUUGGCACAACAUCUAAAUCAUCAAUAAUUGGAGCUUGAGUAGAAUCCAUACCUUUGUAAAUAUCAUAAUCGGUGGGGACUGGUUCUUGUUGAACAUGCUGAGGUUCUUUUGAUUUCUCAGUUUGUCUCCUUCUGUAAACACGAAGCUCAGGGGUUGAACCAGUUUUUGGAUUUUGACCAGGCAUAUUCGACCCCUAUGGUGAAAGAUCAUGUUGCAAUUCAGUGUUUUGGACAUGAGAGUUGUUUUGUGAUUCAUUUAUGGGAACAAAGGUUGGCUGAUUUUCUAGAUCAUGAUGGAAAUCCCAAAUCGGAUAUUCUUUGGAGCUCUCCCCCUGAAUAUUUGAUUUGGGAAAGUAAGCUUGGUUCUCAAAGAAGCUUACAUCCAUAAAAUUAUAAUAUUUUCGAGUGCGAGGGGAAUAACACACACUUCUAUCCCUUUUUAUUAGAGGAGUAACCAAGGAAAGGAACACACAUUUUUCAGAUUUGGGAUCAAGUUUUGAGCGAUGAUGAGAGUGGAUAUGAGAGUG